AUGAUGGCCGUUGCUCGUCCAAUGCGACGCACCAGUCCCAUCACGCUGCUCCUCGCGGUCCUUUUGGCCUUUGGAUUCCUCUUGUUCCUUCUUUCCCCUUCCUCCUCCCCCUCCGGCUCCGCUGCCGCCGCCGCCGCCGUUCCCGUCGCCGACUCGUCACAGCAGCUGCGACAAGAUGCUGCGCAGAACCCUCUCUCGCCGCCCACCAAGCCAUUUUAUAAGGAACAACCUGUCCGUAGCGAUGGAAUCAAAGCGCCCCCUCCCGUUGUGCACUACAAUCUCAACAGCCUUACGAGCACCAAGAACGCUGCCGGCAUGGGCGAGCGAGUCCUCAUCCUGACACCUCUUGUGCGCUUUUAUCCUGAAUUCUGGGACAACGUGGAGAAACUCAGCUAUCCGCAUGCGUUGAUCUCCAUCGGAUUUAUUGUCCCACGCACCAAAGAGGGCAACACGGCUGUCUCCGCCCUGGAAGAAGCCAUUGCAAAGACGCAGUCAGGACCAGUGGACUCGCGCUUUGCUAGCAUUUCCAUUCUACGACAGGAUUUUGACCCACCUAUACAGUCACAGGAUGAGAAGGAACGCCAUAAGAUGUCGAAUCAGAAGUCACGACGUGAAUCUAUGAGUCGUGCCCGGAAUAGUCUCCUCUUCACCACUCUUGGCCCCAGCACCUCGUGGGUCUUAUGGCUGGACGCUGAUAUCAUUGAGACCCCGUCCUCGCUUAUCCAGGAUCUCACCAGUCAUGAUAAGCCCAUCAUUGUCCCUAAUUGUUUCCAGCGCUUCUACAAUACUGAUACCAAGCGAAUGGACGUCCGUCCCUACGACUUCAACUCCUGGAUCGAUAGUUCUACUGCCCAGGCCCUGGCGGAUUCCAUGGAACCUGACGAAAUCCUCCUUGAGGGAUACCACGAGAUGCCAACCUAUCGUUCUUUGAUGGCGUAUAUGGCCGACCUUACCAAUCCUGACCCCCACCGGGAGGUAGAGAUCGACGGUGUCGGCGGGACCGCACUGAUGGUCAAGGCUGAUGUACACCGUGAUGGCGCUAUGUUUCCCGCCUUCCCUUUCUAUCACUUGGUUGAGACAGAGGGGUUUGCGAGGAUGGCGAAGCGUCUAGGGUAUUCGGUGUUUGGUUUGCCCAAUUAUUUGGUGUAUCACUAUAACGAGUGA